UAAAAAAGUACUUUGAAAUCGGACCGAAAACUCGCGUGUGUAUGUGGUUGUAACACAAACGUGGCUUUGUCUGCAAAAAACGUUGUUAAAUCCAGUUAAACAUUUUUACUAAAACGUAAAUAUUUCGUGAAAGCGUGUAAUGCGAAGCAACGAAAACGAACAUAAGCAUUUUUUUGGUUAAUUUAUUUGCGCAGGCCACACAUGCGAAAAUAUGCUCAUGGUCGCCAUAUUGAAUUUUCGUCGUCAGUCCGUACUCGAAACCUAGCAACUGCGAUUCAAACCAAAUAACUUGAUCGAUAUCAGGAUCAAGAUCUGGAAUACGGUGUCCACCGCAAUGGAGCAGCUAUUUCAGAACUACCGCGACGAUGAGCGGAGGAUCGGCGAGGAGUACCUGUCCAGUCUUCAGGACCUCAACUGCAACAGCAAGCCACUGAUCAAUAUGCUCACGAUGCUUGCCGAGGAGAACAUCAACUACGCCCACAUCAUAGUUAAAGUGGUGGAAUAUUACAUCAGCCAGGUGGCGCCCGAAUUUAAAUUGCCCAUACUAUAUUUAAUUGAUUCGAUAAUAAAGAAUGUGAAAAGCAGCUACGUCCAGUUGUUUGGACAAUGCAUAGUCAACAUAUUCCUCCACGCUUUUGAAUCGGUCCAGCACUCACAGUCGCAGGUUUUGGAGAAGGUGCGGGAACGCAUGUACGCAUUGCGUCAGACCUGGAACGAGGUCUUCCCGCCAUCCAAGAUGUAUGCCCUGGAUGUUAAGGUGAAGCGUCUGGAUAACAACUGGCCCAUUACUGCCAAACAGCCAACUAAUAAAAUUCACGUCAAUCCGGCCAUUCAUGUAAAUCCAGACUUUUUGAAAACGGGUAUGGUUCCUGUGAUGCCCGUUAACCCCACAAUGCCCAGCGACAUGGAGGAGAUACUGCAAGCAAAAACCCGUGAGUUGCUGGAGCUGAAAAAGCGCAAACUGGAAUUAGAGCUGGAGCAAACCAAAAAGCAUUUAGAGGAGCAGGAGCGUCAGCUGAACCAAGCCACGGAUGCGAUGGCCGGGGCACCAAUUAUCAUGCCUGCGCCUACUGCAGCUGCUACUCGCCCGCCAAACGCAGAUCCUAGUCUUGCAGUGCGUAAUCAACGAGCAUCAGGAGCAAUGGGCAAUGUUGGUUCCAUAAUGAAUAACAUGCCAGCGGCUCAGCAGCAUUUUGCCAAUAAACCAAAAGUCAAUCCAGUUAAUCCGGCACUACUGAACUCGGUGCGCCAACGAGAUCCGAGACUAGCGCGCCAGAUGCAGUCGCAGUCCUCACAUCCAGCUGCGCCGGCACGAAACGAUCCUCGGCUGGAGUCCAAAUCGAGCUCCUCACAGAAAUCUAGUCGGUCGCGCAGCAAAUCGCCUAUGCGCAACAGCAGCAGUCGCUCCGGAAAAGGUGGAAACUCUAGCCACAGCAGUUCGUCGAGCCGCAAACGAAGUGAGUCAAAGAGCUCCACGGCUUCCUCAUCAUCGUCGGGCUCUGAUGUUCGACACAAGGGCGUCACUGGCAACAACUCCAACCAGUCUCCAGUUAAGCGAUCCGGUAAGAACUCGACUAAGGAUUCGGAUCGCUAUAUUCGCAAUGGAUCUCCUUCGGGAUCUGUGAAACGCAAGAGCAGCUCACCAAGUAGCUCGCCCUCCAAAUCCAAGCGCAACACGUCGCACAAAUCAUCUUCGUCGCGAGGAAAGACAUCUUCUGGACGAUCCCGCAGUCGAUCUCCAGUUUUCAUGGACGUCGAUUUACGCAGCGGAGUUGGAAGCAAGUCACCAGAGAGCAGGGCAGCAGCCCCUUCAUCCUUACCACUGGCGGGCGCAUCAUCAGCAGCAGCAAAAGCACCAAAAGAUUUAGAGAAACCUACAUUUCAAAUACUCGAACCAGGCCAUCCUCCAGCUCCUCCAAGUCCGCCGAUUAUAGAUGUAUCGAGUAUGGACAUUGACUUGAGGCGGCCAAAGACGCCGCCUCCUCCGACAUUCGACUCAGUGGAAAGCCUCGACAAGAAGGAAACAAAUAGCGGCCACAUCAGCAGCACAAUAAUACAAGCUAGUGGCGCCUCCAACGCCUCCCCAUCAGCCGCGUCCACUUCCAAAUUGCCCGCAAAAGUGUCGUUCAAAAUACAAAAACAGUUUAAUAAAUUAGAAAAAUCUACAGCGAAUCUAUCAACAGUAUCACUGCUCAACUCAAAUCCCACGACUUCAGGAUCACCAGCAGCAUCUCUAGUCAGGCAACCGUCGCCCAGUCCCUCGUCCUCGUCUAUUUCCUCGCAGGGUAAUGUAUCGGACGCCCUGCAGCAGUCGAUUACCAAGUUGCUCCAGGUGCAAGGUGCAUCUGGUGCCGCCGAGAAACGUCCCGCCGACGCACUACCGCCCGAGAUCGAUGGCGAAGAGCAACCGCCGCAGCACAAGCGCAGCAAGUCAACCAAGCUGGACGCUCUCUUUGGCAGUGAGGAUGUGGAUCUGCGUCGCGAGAUCCCAGUUGUCAAGCCAGGAGUUAUUGUAGUCGAAGACGAUUCUAUGGACGACUGCGAUGUAGACAAGCCCACAAAGAAAUCUGGCUCGCCGCCCAAGAAGGCAACGUUGGAGGAACUGCGCGCCAAGUUGGCCAACUCGGCUCGAAUCCAGAAUAAGCAGGGAAAAUCUGACAAGGCCAAGGAUCAGGCCGUGUCGCAGCGCCUUAAGCAGCUGGCGGAACUAAAAGUCAACGACGAUUCUCAGGAGGCGCACGACGAGAAGGUGCGCACCAUUCUCAGCCAGGCGCAGGAGAUGUUUGAGAAUCACAGCAUGAAUCAGGAGCAGUACAAGGAUCUUGUCCAAAAAGUGGUGGCCAUCAAUGAGAACAGCAAAAUAAAAGAAUCCCGGCGCCGAGACGACGAUCUCGAGCGCAAUGCGGCCAGAGAUGCAGUACUCCGCAAACGUAUUCCCAAGCUGAAGGGCAACGAAAAUCAUUCUAUGGGCUCGCCGCACAGCGAUGGAUCGCCCAGGUACGACGAUCAGCCCGCAGUUGCACCGGAGAAGCCCCCAAACAAAAGGGAUAAGUCCAAGAGGGAUAUUAAGCGUCGCAAGCCCAGCAAAUGGGGCGACCAAGUGGAUCCGGUGGCAGCACAACGCACUGCCUGGCAACUGGCCAAUGCCAAUGCCAACAAUAACAACAACAAGCGGGGUGGCAUCCAGCCCGUUCAGCCUCAGUCUGGAUUCCGUGGCAUGCCUUGGCAGCAGCCACCAGCAAUGGUGUUGGCCCAGUCCGCAGUGCCCCCACCACCGCAGCCGCCUUCGAUGAUUGGCAUGCCACCCGUGCCACCGGUGACCAUGACUAAGGCCAUUAAUUCCCUAGACAAUCCCAUGGCUGACGUAGUGCGAAGCAUCACGAUCGAUGGUGGCUCCAAAGAGAUUCGCUUCUACAACCAGGUGGCCAUUAUCUUCAUGGAUGGCGAUCAGCCUCAUGAAAUCGGUUUCCAGCCGGGUCAGCGAGUGAUCAUCAUUGAUCACAACGAACCGCUGCCGCUUUGCUUCAACGACGAUUACAAGCCGUUUCAGUUGGAUGGACAGCUUCACCGGAUUCGGUUUGGCUUCCCCUCGCGCGAAUUAUACAUCGACGAGCACUGGUACGAGAUCUACUUCGGCGGUCCACCAGUGUCCGUGCCCAUUGGAAACAAGCUGCAUAUAAUCAAGGCUGAGGGACCACCGCCCAACGUAGACAUUGGCCGAGUGCGAAGGGAUCUAGUUGUAGGCAAGAUCAAUAUGAUUGUAGAUGCACAUACCAUAGUGCCGCUCUUUCUGGACGCCAGACAGCAGACCUUCCAGCUGGGCGCCGAGCAGCAUUCGCUGCAGUUUGUGGACAGUUUCCAAUAUGCGCUGCUCGACGGGCAGCUGCAGAAGAUCGAGUAUGGUGGUCUUCCCAAAGGAAUGAUGCUGAACGGCGGUCGCAGCUGCUUCAUUAGAUUUGGCACGCUGCCCAAAGGAGUCAUUGCAGGAAAAACCCACGUGGCGGACAUGGUGUACAUUAAGACUGAUGCUCCUGCUGAGCCUCCCAAGCCGCCUCCAAUUAUUGUGAAACCACCGCCAGUGGUGGAGCAACCGAAACCCGCCCAAGUUGCUGUUGCCCCCAUUUCCCUACCAGCAGCCGCCGCUGCUCUGGAGAGCUUGAACAUUAAUGAAUUGUUCCAAAAGCUUGUCUCGUCGGGAAUAAUUGGUGGUGGUGGUGGUGCUGCAGCCCCAACUCUGCCUGCCACAGACUCAUCAGCGGCCAAGGAGCCAACUACCUCUGCCACCGAACCCGCAACUGUAGCUGCAACCGCAGCUCCUGCUCCACUGCCUGCUGGUCCCCCUAUGGAGCCCAUCAAGCGCAUCGAUCUCCGCAAGCCAGAGACCAUCAAGACCCGCCAGGCGGCGGUGGUGGCUGUCCUUUACCUGGGAAUGCAGUGCAGCAGCUGUGGAGUGCGGUUCCCGCCAGAGCAAACAAUUAAGUACAGCCAGCAUUUAGAUUGGCACUUCCGCCAGAACAGAAGGGAGCGGGAUUCCACAAGGAAAGCCACCUCGCGAAGAUGGUAUUACGAUCUCAACGACUGGAGGCAAUACGAGGAAAUCGAAGAUGUGGAGGAGCGAGAAAAGAACUUCCUGGAGGCUCAGGGCCAGCCGGGCGGCAUUGAGGCCCUUGAAGAGGUCUCUCAACAACGCUCGCUGGACUCACCCGUGCCAACGUGUGCUGCCGGAACGGAUGAUGUGGAUCACUCCUGUGACAUGUGCCACGAGAAGUUCGAGCAGUUCUACAACGAAGAGCUCGAGGAGUGGCAUCUGCGAAGCGCUAUUCGUGUUGAAGACAAGAUCUACCAUCCACUAUGCUACGAGGACUACAAGGCCUCGUUGAAUCCACCAGCAGAGGUGAAGUCGGACCAGGAUGUGGACAUGAACAACACCGAUGACAAUGCCAUGGACACACUGAUCAAAGUGGAGGACGACGACGAUGAAGGUGUGCCCAAAGCAUCGCAAGCCAUAUUCGAUGACGAUGAUGAUGAUGUCAUUGUGCUGCCCAAUGAAGAGCCCAGUGUCACGGAAAUCGUCGACGACGACGAUGAGGACGAGUAUGUUCCGGGAAACGUGACACGAGCUGACAUGGGCAACGAGUCACAGGACAAGACAGAGUCCAACUCCGAGACAAAAGUACCGGAGAAAGAUCAGGUUCAGCUGGGUGAACAGCCGCAAAACGAAUCGGCCAACGAAUCGGAUGUCGAGAUCCAAGAGCCAAACAUUCCUUUUACGGAUCUGGACACGUAUGUGGAGAAGGAGAUGGAUGACGCCACCAGGGCUGCUCUACUGAACGUAAAGAUCAAGGAGGAGCCCAAGGAUGAGUAUGAGGAGGACGAAGAUGAUGGAUUCGAAGACGUGGGCACGGUGGUUUCGCUUUUACCUCUGCCCGAGGACGAGAUCUCCAUUCACAGCAGCGAAACUCAAACACACACCAUCGGCUCGUCAGCCUCGCCGGCCACCAUCGAGCGGCCAGCAUCGGUGACCUCGCUCUCCCUGCCCGCCAAUGAGGCGGACGAGGUGGAGCAGGGAGAUGUAACCGUCGAUACAGAUGCGGAAUUGAACGGGGAGAAGCAGGAGGCCACGCAUAACCUGAGCGCAGUGGGUCCGGCGUUACCUUUGGCUAGCAUAGUUAAUAAAAUAAAGAUAAAUAUCACUAAGAAUACGAGUAGUAAUAGUCAUAAUAGUGCCUCCAACACCACGACAACGGACUCGCAAGUCUCGGCCAUAAGCGUCAUCGGUGGAUCAGGAGGAGCAGCAGCUGUUGGUGCAUCCGGAGCAGCAGAUUCUGCCCAGCAGGUGAACGCCAUUCAAACCAUUUCCACCAUUCCAGUGCUGUGCGGCGGCAACACGUUCGUGCCCAAGAUUGCGACCAGCACGCCCUCCAACGUAAUCAGCUCGAUCUCGGUAAUUGGCAGCAAUUACGGCGGAAGCAGCAGCAACAAUGCCGGCCGAAGCACUACUGCCAACGCAUCCACAGCGGCUGCUACGCUUCCGGCGGAGACGGCCAGCCGGAAAUCGCCCACUCCGCCGCUCGCCACAGUUGAUCCGGAUCCGGAGCCUGUCGUGGAACUGAAGCCGGCGCUGCGGAACGUCACACUGAAGCGGACGAAGAAAGUGCAGAACGGCAUCGAAACUUCGGGCCUGUGCUCGAUCAUGUAAAAAAUCGCACGCCUGAGUGGAGGGAG